GACGAGGUCGACCAAGUAUGACGGCCACCUUAAGUUCCUCCAGCGGCUUAGAGGUCCUCCUUUCCACUCUGCAGAAUGUAGGGGAUGUGGAGAGCACCUUAAAUAUCCUCAGUGUCUUGGAUGAACUUCUGUCAGCUGGUACAGAUCGGCGCAUCCACUAUAUGAUCAAGAAAGGUGGUAGUGAGGCUCUGCUGACUGCACUGGUUAAAUAUGGCCACACUUUCAGUCCCAACUACACUAUACUCAUACCACUCCUGCACCUGCUAGCUAAAGUUGGACACAAAGACCGUCGUAUUGGUAUGAAAGCAGAAGAGGCAGGUGCAGUGCUGCUGACUCUGAAUCUGCUGAAACACAAUGGCCAGCACGCCAGGAGAACUGCUGCCUGCCUCUGGGUGAUCCAAGUCUUCUGUUCAUCAGUUUCUACAGCAAACCUCAUAGGAGAAAACCAUGGACUGGAUGUCAUCUACCGCCUCAUUCCUCAAUACACAACCAAGCAUCUGCAUGCUAUUAAUACCGCAGUGGACUCUAAAUUAAACAAUCAAGGUGUGAUUUAAGUGCAGACUUUCAGCAUUAAUUCAAGUGGUUUAUAGAAAUAGUUGAUGAAUUAUAGCUAGCUGUUUAUAAUACCAGUUUUGGAAGCUAGGGAUCGGAGUGCCAGGACCUCUCGAUCCACUAACACUGAAGCCCUAUGUCGACUCCUGCGGGUGGUGGGCCCACAGGCGGACGGACCCAUGUUGCUUUUCUGGCCCGGCCACCAGAUGCUCACCAGACAUUCACUCGAGACACUACCCUGGGCCUGGUGCGCUGGACCCUUGAAUUGUUCUGGAUGAACAUUUUUGCAGCACAUGAUUGACUGAAGUUCAGAAUUCAUGGACUCCCUUGGGACACUCAGCUAGACUUUAACUGUAGAUGCUUUCAAUUGCAGCUUGUUUGGGGAUCUCUCUGACUACAGUACUGUCUUCAAUACUGAAAAGCAUGACUGAGAUGAGGUUGCUGACAUGGAAGAAUAUCCUAUUUUUUUGCCUUGAGAAACCUUUGGGUGAGAACUGCGAUAAUAAAUAAAGCCAAUGACAACUAUGAUAGGCUAUAUUUGGAUAAAUAGUUCAAGUAAUGGUUUUAUUAAAUCCUUUGAAUUAAAGUCUGAACUUCAAUACAAUGUGAUGGCAUCAAGAACCAAACUUAUAAAAUUGUGUCACUGUCUACUGACCACUCAUAGUUCUUUAAACUACAAGCCACAUUUAACCAUAUAUGAGAAUAUUUAACUGCCCCCCAUUGAUCCAUCCAUUUUCUUAAUCGCCUGUCCAGUUAAGGGUUGCAGUGGGACCAGUAGCCUGUCCCAGCUCUCACUGGGUGACAGGCAGGGUGGUGGUCAGAGAAACUGAGAUUUUGUUAUAGUCCAGGUACAGUACACUGUCACGGAGAAGUGUUUUUAGGCUUUAAAGAUAUUAUAUCCCCCCUGCUUGUAAUGCAACAUCUGCAUGCAGUAAUACAACUUCUGCAUGUGUGUCUAUUUCCCGUUUUAAAGCAGCAAAGCAUGAAAUGGACAUGGUGGACCGGGCCUGUCUAUUACAUGUUUUCCUGUUUCCUGUAAUACUGGGUUGGAGAUUCCUGCUGGACCCACGUACUCGGUUUAAAAAUUCAUGGGGAUAUGACUUUUUGGGCAAGGUUGUGGAUUUUUCUUCCGCUGCCUUUACUCUGUAAACUCCACUGAUUCAUUUAAAAAAACAGCUGAAGGCAUACUGACAACCUUUAGGUAAAUUGUUGUUUUAUGUAUUUUUUUUUGUUCAUUCUUAUGAUAUAUUUUAUUUCUGGUUUUAUUGUAAAGUAUAUUGUGAUUUUUACCUGUAAAAAGUGUUUAUAAAUGCAUUUUACUUACUUACUUGACCUCAGUGUAGCAUUUGACACCACAGACCACAAAAUGUUAACACAGUGAUUACAAAAUGUGUUAGCCAUUAAAGUUACUGCCCUGCAGUGGUUUGAAUCAUAGCUCACUAAUAUAAUUAACUCUAAUUUGUUUGUGUAAAUGGAGAGUCAAACACUAAGCACUGUUAUAGAGUACCACAGGGUUCUGUAAAUUAUACAUGCAUAAUACAUCAGGCAGAAUUGGUAGAAGCCAUAACCUACAGUGCAUUCUCAUUGCUAUGCAGAUGAUACCUAGCUUUAUCGAUCCAUGAAGCCAGAUGACAUACACCGAUUAGUUAAACUGCAUGAAUGUCUUAAAGACAUACAGACCUGGAUGAACUCUAAUGCCUUGUUUCUAAAUUCAGAUUAAAUUGACUUUCUUGUGCCAUUUUACAAACACGAUUCUUACUCUAGAUGGCAUUACCUUGACCUCCAGUAAUACUUGGAGCCAUUUUUGACUAGAAUGUUCUUCAAUGCGUAUAUUAAAACAACCACAUCUGUGUUAUUAGCACAGUUAUAUUUAAUAUCUUAGUUACCGGUAUAUCUAAGGCAGUAUUCAGGGUCAACUAAUCCAGCCCUAACUAUAUGCUUUAUCAAAAAGAAAAGUUUUCGGGUUAAUCUUAAAGAAUAGAAAGUGUAUUUUUCCCAGAUCCAAACUCUACUUGGUUCCACAGGCUCAGUAAGCCAGCAGUUUGAGAGCAAAGUGCUCUAUUGGGACAAUAUGGUACUCUGAAGUCUUUAAGAAAAGACAAUUCAAGACCUUGUAUGUAAGAAGAAAGAUAUUAAAUUCAGUUCUGGAAUUAACAGGUAGCUAAGACAAGGCAAUACAGGAGAAAAAUACUCACUUUCCAGUCCUUGUCAGUACUCUCACUGCAACAUUUUCAAUCAACUGAAGGCUUUUCAGGGAGCUUUAGGACAUCCUGACAAAAAUGAACUACAGUAGUCCAGACUGGAAGUAAUAAUGAAGAUGAAUCAAUUUUUCAGCGUCACCCUGAGUCAAGAUGUUUCUAAUUUUAGAAGUCAAAUAAUUUCAUGUUCACUCAUACAUAAAGAUUUACUUUGACAAUUACAAAUGCAAUUCGUUUUUUAUUUUAAUUUGGUGUUGAUUCAAAUGAGUCAGACGUCACUUUUCUGUUU